ACAAUGGACGGCAAGGAGCACACGAUGGCGUACGAGGAGGACUUUGACGCCGAAUGGUACCUCGACACUUACUACGAACCCUCCCUGGAGGCUGUAGACAAGGAUGAAUUUCUACAGUUCACUCUUGAUAGUCUCCAUGAUGCUUUCAGGACAGCACGGGUUACCGGAAGUCGCCUGUUGGAUGUUGGUACCGGUCCUACCGUGCACUCUGUAAUCAGCGGAAGUCAACACGUCGGCGAAAUCUACUUAAGUGACUACGCAGCACAGAACCGGAAGGUGCUCACUGAUUGGUGGAAAUUGGGAACACGACCGCAAACUGGAAUAAUGGAAUAUGUCCUACGGAGAGAGAAUUCAGAGUAAGAGCUACUUUAUUUUAUAGAUUUGAUUUUAUCAUGUCAUCAUUACCCCCGCAGCAAAUGAUUUAAUUCAGUUUCUACCAUAAUAGGUGGGUGGAUUUAAUUCCCCCGGAAGUGUCUUCGCAUUGGAUCCCUGAUUGACCACUUGAUGAGGUAGAAUUCCCAAUUUGAUUGGCUAACACUUGAAGGCCGCUUCACAAUAUGAUAGUAAUGCUCCGGAAACGAUAACGCAAAAGAAGUAGUUCGCAGUUGUUUUUGUUAUUAUCUAUUUUUUAAUCAGUUUUAUUGCUUUAAAGCACUUAUU